UUACGCACAAGAGUAAAUAGAAAUAAAAACAUACAUUUGAUUAUUCUAGGAGGCUGAGGAAGAAGUGAAGUGAAGUGACAUGAAGGGUACAUUAGCAGAAGCAGCAGCAGCAGGAACAGUGACAGGCCAGCGGGGAUGUGAGUGGGUUGUGAAGUGACGGACAUGACCUGUGAAUGAUGAUGACCAGGAGGAAACACGACGCCCAUUUUCUUUCGCUAGACAUCGUAGAAAACGUGAAUGCGGUACUGGAUGCAAUGGAGGACUUUGGUGUUUCGCCUUGUCUUGUCACUCUUUCCCUGGCCAGCGUGUUGCAAGGUGCUCAUGGGAACACUACAACACUGGUGCCAGAAAGAGAAGACAGACAAGAGAGGUUUGGCUACCUGGACCUGUGUUGCGGCGUGAGUCAGGUGUGUGGCGCCAGCUUGGUGUGUGUGUCCUGUCUCUGCCGCUGCCAAGAAAACUACAUUUACAAAGCGACCACGAAGACUUGCGAGACUCAAUUCACCACCACCACCACCUUCAACACCGCUAACACCGCCGCCAACACCACCAAAGUGAGUGACGGCCUGCUACCUGGACAGCCUUGCGUCUCCGCCUCGGCCUGCGUCGUGGGGCUGGUCUGUCAGAACUCCAGGUGUAAAUGCCCAGACCCGUGUAAGUACGUGGCGGAGCAGGAGGCGUGUGACUGUGGCCCUGUGGAGGUGAGCCUUGCGUGGCCGAUCAUCAUAGGGGUGUCUGUUGGCCUUGUCAUCGUUGCCUUCUGGUUGUCCUGCAUCGCCGCCUCCGUCAAUAAACACAGAGACGAGCGCAACAAGGUCAUGCAGCUACAACAACAACAACAACCCAGAAUUUCAACCUUAGGAUCCGCAUACGGCACCGCUCACCUCAACGUGCUGCCACCACCCACGCCCUCCGCCACCUCCCCCGGGCCGCCCCUCGCUCCCACGCCCACCCACAAGGCCCUCAGGAUCUCCAGGCAGUCUGUCGCGCCCACCAUGCCCCUCCAGCCUGUCUUCCGCCCACCAUCACCCCCCACCAUCACCGCUCCCCCCUACAACCACCAUCACGACCUUUCCCCCCCCACCGCUUACCUCAGUCCCCCUCUUCCCCCCCUCCGAGACGCCCCAUACAUCCCCCACGCCUCGGACCCCCAAACCCCUCUCCUGUACCCUGCCUCCGCCCCCCAACAGGACAGAAAGACCCCCAAUUUUGAAGGGGAGAGCGCCCCCCCUUAUGAGUGGACAGAUGCUCCCCGUUCCGCCCGAUUUUAGAGUUUUAUUUUUUUUUAUCUCUUUAUUCAUCUAUUUAUUUAUUUUCCGUCCUUAAGAUAUGAAGAAUUAAAAGGAUACAAGGAAAGAAGAUAGAGGGAGAAGAAACGAAAGAAGGAAGGAAGGAAGGAAGGAA